GAGCGGCCAUUAUCUUCCUCCAUAGUCAUCAUCCAUCAUCCAAAUCCAAAUCCUUCCGACCUGUAUUAUAAACAAUUCUAUCUUUCUUUCUCUCUCAACAAGGAAGAACCUUUGCUAACCCCCCCUUUCCCCUUCUCUCUCUCUUUCUCUAUAUUGUUCUUCCUUUUUCGUCAAUUCGUUUUGGGGGCCUUCUGCUUCCUAUUUUCAGAAACUAGAGUGAAGCUAUGGCAGGGGCACUGCUUCAGUCAACCAACUUCCCUUCAUCCAUUGCUGGUGGUAGGCAUGGUCAGAUCAAAGGAUCGAGAAGAGGAGUUAAAAUGUUAUGUAAUAUUCAACAAUCUACAACUAGAGUUAGAAGUUUCUCUGGAUUAAGGGGUUCAAAUGCUUUAGACUCUAUUGCAAAAACUGGUGUUGAUUUCCAUUAUAAGGUGGCAGUGGCAAUAUCUGUUCGGAGAGGAAAAGCCAGUCGAGUUUCUCCAAAAGCUAUGUUUGAGCGCUUCACGGAAAAAGCAAUAAAAGUUAUUAUGCUAGCACAGGAGGAGGCAAGACGGUUAGGUCACAACUUUGUUGGAACGGAGCAAAUCUUGUUAGGUCUUAUAGGAGAGGGAACUGGAAUAGCUGCCAAAGUUCUCAAAUCUAUGGGGAUUAACUUAAAAGAUGCACGUGUAGAAGUGGAGAAAAUCAUUGGAAGGGGCAGUGGAUUUGUCGCUGUUGAGAUUCCAUUUACUCCUCGUGCUAAACGUGUCCUUGAACUCUCUCUCGAAGAAGCCCGCCACCUUGGUCAUAAUUAUAUUGGAUCAGAGCAUUUGUUGCUUGGACUUCUUCGAGAAGGUGAGGGUGUGGCAGCUAGAGUUCUUGAAAAUUUAGGUGCUGACACCAAUAACAUUCGAACACAGGUUAUUAGAAUGGUUGGUGAAAGUAAUACAUCGGACCCCAUCACUGCUGGUGUUGGAGGGGGAUCUAGCGGCACUAAAAUGCCAACGCUCGAGGAGUAUGGAACAAAUUUGACAAAGUUAGCAGAAGAGGGAAAACUAGACCCAGUUGUUGGAAGACAAGCACAAAUUGAACGUGUCACCCAAAUAUUGGGUCGUAGGACAAAGAACAAUCCGUGCCUGAUUGGAGAACCAGGUGUUGGAAAGACGGCCAUUGCUGAAGGACUUGCUCAACGAAUUGCUAAUGGUGAUGUUCCCGAGACAAUCGAGGGGAAGAAGGUUAUAACUCUCGACAUGGGUCUCCUUGUUGCUGGAACGAAAUACCGGGGGGAGUUUGAGGAGAGGCUUAAGAAAUUGAUGGAGGAGAUUAAACAAAGCGAUGAAAUUAUCCUAUUCAUAGAUGAGGUGCACACAUUAAUUGGAGCAGGUGCAGCUGAGGGAGCUAUUGAUGCUGCAAAUAUUUUAAAACCAGCUCUUGCUAGAGGUGAAUUGCAGUGCAUUGGAGCCACCACACUUGAUGAGUAUAGGAAGCACAUUGAGAAAGAUCCAGCCUUGGAAAGAAGAUUCCAACCUGUGAAGGUGCCUGAACCUACUGUGGAUGAAACCAUACAAAUUCUUAAAGGACUACGAGAGCGAUACGAGAUUCACCAUAAGCUUCGUUACACAGAUGAGUCUUUAGUUGCUGCAGCACAAUUAUCUUACCAGUACAUCAGUGACCGAUUCUUGCCCGACAAAGCUAUUGACUUGGUUGAUGAAGCUGGUUCAAGAGUCCGGCUUCGUCAUGCACAGCUACCCGAGGAUGCAAGAGAACUCGAGAAAGAGCUGAGGCAGAUUACCAAGGAGAAGAAUGAGUCGGUUCGCAGCCAGGAUUUUGAAAAGGCUGGAGAACUACGUGAUAGAGAAAUGGACCUGAAGGCACAGAUUUCAGUACUGAUUGACAAAAACAAAGAGAUGAGCAAGGCAGAGAGCGAAGCCGGUGAAGAAGGUCCGGUUGUGACUGAAGUGGACAUACAACACAUCGUCUCGUCAUGGACUGGCAUUCCGGUUGAGAAAGUCUCGACAGACGAAUCAGACCGUUUGCUCAAGAUGGAGGAGACCCUUCACAAAAGAGUGAUUGGUCAAGACGAAGCUGUGAAGGCCAUUAGCCGAGCCAUUCGACGUGCGCGCGUGGGUCUCAAGAACCCUAACCGUCCCAUAGCUAGUUUCAUCUUCUCGGGCCCAACCGGUGUGGGUAAAUCCGAACUAGCCAAAGCCCUAGCCACCUACUACUUUGGCUCCGAGGAAGCCAUGAUCCGUCUGGACAUGAGCGAGUUCAUGGAGAGACACACUGUCUCUAAGCUGAUCGGGUCACCUCCCGGCUACGUGGGCUACACAGAAGGAGGUCAGCUAACCGAGGCGGUCCGUCGCCGUCCUUACACGGUCGUACUCUUCGACGAGAUCGAAAAGGCCCACCCCGACGUCUUCAACAUGAUGCUUCAGAUACUAGAAGACGGGAGGCUGACCGACAGCAAGGGUAGAACCGUCGAUUUCAAGAACACCCUUCUCAUCAUGACCUCCAACGUUGGGAGCAGCGUGAUCGAGAAGGGAGGACGUCGUAUCGGGUUCGAUCUCGACUACGACGAGAAGGAUAGCAGUUACAACAGGAUCAAAAGCCUGGUGACCGAGGAAUUGAAACAGUAUUUCAGGCCCGAGUUCUUGAACAGGUUAGACGAGAUGAUCGUGUUCAGGCAGCUGACGAAGCUGGAGGUUAAGGACAUUGCCGAUAUAAUGCUUAAGGAAGUUUUCGAGAGGCUUAAGAAGAAAGAUAUUGAACUUCAGGUGACCGAGAGGUUUAGAGAUAGGGUUGUGGAUGAAGGGUAUAAUCCGAGUUACGGUGCGAGGCCACUUAGGAGGGCGAUAAUGAGGCUAUUGGAGGACAGUAUGGCGGAAAAGAUGCUUGCGGGCGAGAUUAAAGAGAACGAUUCCGUAAUUAUAGACGUGGAUGGGGACGGAAACGUCACUGUUCUGAACGGAAGUAGCGGGGCACCGCCGGAGUCCUUGCCUGAGCCACUCCCGGUGUAAGUAAGUUUAUUACUAGAAUAAAUAACACAUGAAGUUUGCUGUUUAUUUGUAUUGCUUUGAAAACUAAUUACCAUUUGCCUACUUGUACCAACUAGGUCUUAAAUAAUCUGUAGCUAGUUCUUAGAACAUUAAUACAUUUCUAUUGUUCCUUCCUAUUUUGUUCUUUAUUUUAAUUUUGCUUACAGUAUCCA